AUGCGGCUGCUCGAAUCUCUCUCCGCUAUUCUGCUGGCCUCCGCGGCUCAGGCGAAAUAUAUUGUGCCGGGUGGGCGCUGGCAGGACACUGAGGGAAACUUGGUCAAUGCCCAUGCAGGUUGCGUGUAUUUCGACAAGGAAUCGUCGAAAUUCUGGCUCUUUGGCGAGUACAAGACCGAAGGACAGGAGGAGGGAGGUGGUGUUUCGGUUUACAGCUCAGAUGAUCUUGCGACUUGGGAACACCAUGGAUUGGCCCUCGAACCUAUUGAAGGCCACCCGUACAUCUCCCCAGAGCAUAUCAUUCAGCGCCCAAAGGUCGUCUACAGCGAAGAAGCAGGGCAGUACCAUGUAGAGCAGAUGCUAUGGCACGCCGAUAACUCCACCUAUGGAUGGCUCCUCCAAGGCCUAGCGGCUGCCGACACCGUCGCAGGUCCAUACGAAUUUGUUUCUGCGACGUCCCCGUUGGGCAAUUGGAGUCAAGAUUUUGGUUUGUUUACCGACCGCACGGAUGGCAGAUCAUACGCUCUUUACUCCAACGGUGACAGUGUUGACGGCCGAGAUGUUUACCUCACCCGAUACAACACAAAUAUUACUGCCCUCGAGGAAGUGGUCUACCGCUUCCCCAAAUAUGACCUAGAAGCCCCAACCAUUAUCCAGACAGACCACAGCUACUGGGCUUUGAUGAGCCACAAGACUGGCUAUCGCCCGAACAACGUCGUUGCCUUCCGCGCCGACGAGCUCAGCGGACCAUGGUCACAGCCAUUCAUUGUGGCCCCGCUCAACACUCGCACGUUCAACUCUCAGUCCGGAUUCACCAUCAGGAUUGACGGGACGAAGCAAACAACAUACCUCUACCUCGGCGACCAAUGGGAUUCAAAUUCCCUCUGGGAGUCGCGGUACAUCUGGCUCCCUCUCCAGAUUGAUGAGCGCAAGAAGACCCUCGAGUUAGAAUGGCAUGACGUCUACGAUCUGAACGUGAAAACCGGAGAAUGGCGAAGCAUCAAGGGAAAGACAUACACAGCCAGCAAAGCAAAAACAAACGGCGAUGCCUAUCUGCAGGAGGCUAACUUUGGCACCGACGGGGUCAUAGCAACUGGCAUUUACGGAAAUGAUAGCACAAUCACUUUCGAAGGUAUCGAAGGCACCGGCAAGCCGCAGUGGGUUUCUUUCUACUACCAGAAUACUGACGACAUGGGCUUCGGCGACCAACCUGGCGGCACACCUGACCGCAUCGGCGGAAGCUGGCAACUCAGACGCAUCUCCUCCGUGGUUGUAAACGGUGACACCGAGAACGUACAGACUCUCUACCAACGCGACACCCAUAAGGGCAUCAUUCUGUCGACGCCACUGCAGCUAACGCUGAAGAAAGGGAAACGCAAUACCAUUACUGUUGGGGGUCUUUACAACGGUUUUGACUACAAAGGAGCGGAUCUGGACCGUAUUGUUGUUUAUCCUCCGGAGGAGUAA